UCUCAAAAAAACCCCAAUCAGACACUCCUUUGACCCUUAUAUUUCUUUGAUCAUUGAAAAUGUGCGGCUUUGUCCAUGUUGCCAUCUGACAAAAGUGACGUGUUUUGCAACCAACCAUUUUGUGCCAUCCGCCGUGCGUUUGGGUUUUCCGAAGAUCCGAAGUUGGUUUUACCCAGCUCCAGUUGGUCCUCAUGUUCUUCUAGCUAGUCUCGUCCUCCAGCCCACUGUGAUGACGCUGCAGCAAUUUGCACUGAUGAGAACAUUUCCAGACAGAGGAGUGUUUGGAAUUUGAAAUUUCCAUCAACUGAUCAAUGAAUUGUGAAAUUGAAACUGUGUUAAAUCUUGUUAUUUGUCACCCAAAAAUUGGAGCGGACUUGAAAUCAGAAUUGCACCAGUGUUGAAUUUUUUUCCAUUUUUUAUGCAGUUCUGUGAAAAUGGCAGUUUCCUUUAUUUUGGAAUUAUAAUCUUUUUCAGCACAGGUGGAAAGUUUGACUGUUGACGUAAUCGACUCCGAAUAAACAGUUUGUAAAACUGACCCAAAUUUCAUCGGAGCUAGAUAAAUUUCUUUACUGGAGUGAGAAUAAAAGUGGAUCCUACAUCACAACAUCAGGAGUUGUUUGAACUUUGACGGGAGGAAGGACUUCAGUUGAAUUUUGAGCAGUGAGCUGUAAAAAAGAUACAGGUCAUCAAGUGAUAUUUUCUUCUGCCGAUAGUUUUGAACUAUUAUAGAAAGAGGAAAGAGUCAUUUACUAGACAAGUGAAUUCCUUAAAAUGAUCACAGCCAGUAAGGAGGAAACUCUACUGGUUUUGAGAGGAGCAUUUUCUCAAACAUUCGACGAAGCUCUCGGAAAGUGGAAAGACCCUUUCAUUCCUGCCAAGUUCUACAUCUUGCAAAGAGAAAAUGACUUCAUGCUGAGAAUAUCCACAGAUUCCCCAAGACAUUCAGAUAGUCUAAUUUUUAUAAGCACCAGACAAAUUGGCUCCGUCAAGAAGAUUUCAGAUCAUCUGCUUCAGGUGAAUCUAAGAGGAUCGGCCAAUCCACUCGAAGUAAUUCUGAAAUUCUGCCUCAAGUUCAAUGCUCCUCAAGAUCAGGACCACUUCUUCCUCCUCCUCAAGAAUGCCGUCGAGGAGCUGAAAUCCAGGGCUUCUCGUGAUCAAGAUAUGACCACAAAUCAGACCCCCAAUCCGACCACACCACAAUCACCGACAAUACCCACUCAACAAGCUUCCAGUACACAACAUAACCAUACCAGUGGAGUAAGUUCUGAAAAUCAACAGGUGCCUCGUCGGCCGCCAAGACCUGCUCCUCGUUAUGGAACUGAAGCGUCAUCCAAGGCACCCAUGGCAGCCAAGACAGCUACUCUUCCUAUGGCUGGCAUCGGUGGCACAGCCAGCGGGUUUGAAGCUUCAGCAAGAGGAUCAGGUGUUGAUUCUUUACUGACCACUCUACAGCGGAGCAUAGCCAGUGGUGAUGGGUCAGGGGCCAGUGAGGCAGCUGUUAACCUUGCUAAGAAGAGAACCAAACUCAGCAUCACUGUGGACGAGAUCGGCGAUGUACCAGGAGUUCGUAGUAAAUUUAGCCUAGAGGUAUUUGUAGAAGAUCGCCACUCGUCUGGGGCUAAAAUUAAGCUGCUUGAUGUGAACCCAAACAUGACCAUUUCAUUCCUCAAGAAGCUGGUUUUCCAGAAUUACAGCUUCCCAGUAGAGGUUCAACGCUGGAUCAUCGGCAGGAGAAUCAUCAAAGAUACAGAGACGUUGAUGGACUGUCGUAUCAACUCCAGCACUCCCGUCUUCUUGUACCUGAUCUCGGCAGAAAAGGCUGGCAUCACACAAGAAGAGACUGAGAUGAGUUUGCAGGCCAUGCAGGCUCAACAGAUGCAGUACAUGUCAAGGAGACCAGCUCCCAUCCCAGGGCCACAAAGGAAUCCCUUUCAGAUGCGGGGUGCCACAGCUGGUCCCACGCUACCCAGCAGAGGAGCAGCAGGCAGGGAACCACCCAGGGAUUUAGCCACCAGCCCUGUCUCUCCAUUACCUCUAGUACCUCCAGAACCCAAGAAGCCUACAGCUGAAGAGGUGGGAUGGCAUUGUCCGCGUUGUACUCUCAUCAACCCUCCAACGGUACCAGGCUGUAGGGCCUGCUUGGAAGACCGACCUGAUAACUACCAAAUACCAGACCCAGACUCUUACAUCAUGGACCCUGAAGAGAAAGCAAAACAAGAUGAGCUGCGUCGCAAUGAGAAACUCAUGGAAGAGAUGGAGAGAAAACAGAGGACAGAAGAAAAGCGAAAUCGUGACAGUAACUUCCAAGCUAUCCUGAUGGCAGAUACAGUAGAUCUCAUCCCUAACACCGAGGAGUUUGAAUGUCUCAUCUGUUAUACUCCAGUCCCAGCGGGAGAGGGAGUUUUGCUUCGAGAGUGUCUCCAUACUUUCUGCGAAGAAUGUCUCAAGGGCCACAUUUUGCACAACAGAGAACCAGUGAUAAUGUGUCCAUAUGAUGAUGGGGCAUAUACCUGUCCUGAGGCGUUAUUAGAAAGAGAAAUCAAGGCACUUGUCAGCCCUGAAGAAUUUGAGCAAUACCUACAGCGUGGGCUUACGGUAGCUGAAAGUCAAGACCCCAACAGCUUCCACUGCAAGACGCCAGACUGCAAAGGUUUCUGUUUCUACGACGAUGACAUCAACUUUUUCCAGUGCCCGAUCUGCGGUAAAGAGAAUUGCUUGACUUGUAAGGCCAUCCAUCAAGGGAUGAACUGUAAGGAGUACCAGGAUGACAUACAGAGGAGGGCAGCCAAUGACAAGGCUGCAUUGAUGACUAAAAACAUGCUGGAGAAAAUGAUCGCAAACGGGGAAGCCAUGAGAUGCCCCCAGUGCAGCAUUAUUAUGCUCAAGAAGGAAGGCUGUGAUUGGGUGAUGUGCUCCAUGUGUAAACUGGAAGUGUGCUGGAUUACCAAGGGACCACGAUGGGGACCAGCUGGCAACGGUGACAUAUCUGGUGGAUGUAAAUGCCGUGUGAAUGCCAAGCGAUGUCACCCUAAUUGCGCCAAUUGCCACUGACCGUAAAAAAAAGAUUCCUACUUUGAUGGAGCUUCGUAAUACGAAAUGGCAUUCUUGCAGUUGUGUACUGGCCAUGUGACCUUCCCUUGGGAAUUGGAUUGAUGUUUAUUGGCUUGUGGAUCAGAAGGGAGUAGAUUACAACGUAACUAAGAAGGAAAAUAGCAACACAAAAACCAAACAUCUUAAAAAGCUCCCAAUCUUCUUAAAUGCUCAAUCUCAAGUAAACAGCACAAUACUAACACUUCAACACUCUGCAUGCCCAAGUUAUAUUCAAAAGCAUGAUGACAAUCUCAGCGUCUUUUCCCUGGCAUAUCUCCCUGAUAAAUCUGGCAGCCCAAUUCAUAGAACAAAGCAGUAGCAUAUUGAGGGAGAUUGGGCAGAGGGGGUGCAAGUUUCCCCCAUCCUGUAAACAUGUUUCCAAUCUUUGUAUUAAUGUUAGUAUUCUUCUUAGGAAAUUUCAAUUUUUCGUUAUCACAACGAUACUAACAGAUUUCCCGGGAUGGAUGGGGGGUAAGGCUUCUUUUACAGAGGACCAAGAGUGAGGGAUAGUUGUUUUGCCUCCCCCCACUCAAGACCUUUGCCCCUCCCCCCACUCAAGACCUGGAUAAGUCAGUAGGAUGAAAUUAGAGAGAAAAGAAUAGGACAAAGUUCAAAUUUUCACACUCAGCCUCUGUCAGCAAACAAAUUAGUUACUUUAAUUUUUGAGUGGUUUUGCAGUCACUUGACUUUCAAUCGAAUGACAUUUUCAUAAAUUAGAAGCUUGUUGGAACAUUUAAAAUUAAUCUUCAAAUGUGAAAAGGGUCGAUUUUUGAGUGCAGGAAAAAGUGAAGCCAACUAAGAAAACAUUUUUCAGUUGACCAGUUUGGUAAUAAAACACUUUUUUAUCAAUCAAUGCAUGACUUGACUGGUAUGACUUAAAUGAUUUAUUUUUAACACUCUUUUGGAUUGUGGGGGAAUGUUUGUGUUUUGGGAAAAAUAUUACUGAUGCAUAUAAAAAGAAUAUUGAAUUCUGGCAGAAACAACUUCAUUACCUUGUUAUUACUUGCAACCAAUGCUGUAAGAAUGUUCUUAACUUUUCCUCUUGCAACCUCAAAAUAAAAAGUCGGCAUUAAUAAAAUCUGAUUUGCUGAGCAGUUUCCAAGCAAAUUUUUGCGAGAGCUCCGUCAUUCAUGGUCAUAAUGACAAGUUUGUCGGUGUUUUCCCUCUCACUAAAUGAUGGUUUUUUUUGCGUCAAUGUUUUCAUGGACCGUUCAUGUGUGGUUGAUUUGUUAGAGAUUUUUGUUCUUGUUUUUGUUGCAUGUUUGCGUUAUUGUUUUGUUUGGUUUUUCUGUAUAAGCUUAAGCAGUCAAAAUUGGAUGGUCACUAUAAGCUUCCGUAAUUCAGUAACUCUCUCAGGGUACACGCCUAUGAAAGUAAUGUCCUUUAAACUUCUACUACAGCGGUCCAUUUGAUCAAAUAACUCUCAUGACUUUCAUAAUUGCCUUUCUUGUUUAUAUUUCAAUGUAAGAAAUAAACCUUUAUGCAAGAACAAGUAAUUUUUAU